GCAGCAUCACCAUGUCUGUUCGAUACAGCUCAAGCAAGCAAUACUCUUCCUCCCGCAGUGGGGGAGGAGGGGGUGGAGGAGGAGGAUCAUCCUUCAGAAUUUCGAGCAGCAAAGGCUCCAUUGGCGGAGGAUUUAGCUCAGGGGGGUUCAGUGGUGGCUCUUUUAGUCGUGGGAGCUCUGGUGGAGGCUGCUUUGGGGGCUCAUCAGGUGGCUAUGGAGGAUUAGGAGGAGGUUUUGGUGGAGGUAACUUCGGUGGAGGCUAUGGAAGCAGCAGCUUUGGUGGGGGCUGUGGAGGAGGCAGCUUUGGAGGCGGCAGCUUUGGAGGGGGCGGCUUUGGUGGAGGCGGCUUCGGUGGAGGCAGCUUUGGUGGAGGCAGCUUUGGAGGCUAUGGGGGUGGAUUUGGAGGAGAUGGCGGCCUUCUCUCUGGAAAUGAAAAAGUAACCAUGCAGAAUCUGAAUGACCGCCUGGCUUCCUACCUGGACAAAGUUCGGGCUCUGGAAGAAUCAAACUACGAGCUAGAAGGCAAAAUCAAGGAGUGGUAUGAAAAGCAUGGCAACUCAAGCCAGAGAGAGCCCCGUGACUACAGCAAAUACUACCAAACCAUCGAAGAACUUAAAAAUCAGAUCCUCAGUCUAACAACUGAUAAUGCCAAUAUCCUGCUUCAGAUCGAUAAUGCCAGGCUGGCAGCUGAUGACUUCAGAUUAAAGUAUGAGAACGAGGUGGCCCUGCGCCAGAGCGUGGAUGCGGACAUCAACGGCCUGCGCCGGGUGCUGGACGAGCUGACCUUGGCCAAGGCUGACCUGGAGAUGCAGAUCGAGAGCCUGACUGAAGAGCUGGCCUACCUGAAGAAGAACCAUGAAGAGGAAAUGAAAGACCUUCAUAACGUGUCCACUGGUGAUGUAAACGUAGAAAUGAAUGCUGCCCCAGGUGUUGAUCUGACUGAACUUCUGAAUAACAUGAGAAACCAAUAUGAACAACUUGCUGAACAAAACCGCAAAGAUGCUGAAGCCUGGUUCAAUGAGAAGAGCAAGGAACUGACUACAGAAAUCAAUAGUAACAUUGAACAAAUGUCCAGCCACAAAUCUGAGAUUACUGAGUUGAGACGCACAGUUCAAGGUCUGGAAAUCGAACUACAGUCCCAACUAGCCCUGAAACAAUCCCUGGAAUCCUCGUUGGCUGAAACGGAAGGUCGCUACUGUGUGCAGCUCUCACAGAUUCAGGCCCAGAUCUCCUCUUUGGAGGAACAACUGCAACAGAUUCGCGCUGAAACCGAGUGCCAGAAUGCUGAGUACCAACAACUCCUGGACAUCAAGAUCCGACUGGAGAAUGAAAUUCAAACCUACCGUAGCCUGCUAGAAGGAGAAGGAAGUUCCGGCGGCGGUGGCUACGGCGGCGGGCGCGGCGGCGGAAGUUCCGGCGGCGGCUACGGCGGCGGAAGUUCCAGCGGCGGCGGCCACGGCGGCGGCUACGGCGGCGGAAGCUCCAGCGGCGGCGGCCACGGCGGCGGCCACGGCGGCGGCUACGGCGGCGGAAGCUCCGGCGGCGGCGGCCACGGCGGCAGCUACGGCGGCGGAAGUUCCGGCGGCGGCGGUCACGGCGGCAGUUCCGGCGGCGGCUACGGUGGCGGCAGCUCCGGCGGCGGUCACAAGUCCUCGUCUUCUGGGUCGGUUGGAGAGUCCUCUUCCAAGGGACCAAGGUCAGCAGAAACUAGCUGGGAUACUAAGAAACCCAGAGUAAUCAAGACAAUUAUUGAAGAGGUGGCACCUGACGGUAGAGUCCUUUCAUCUAUUAUUGAAUCGGAAACCAGGAAACACUACUAUUAAGCCGCAUCAAGAGGGAAGAGUCACCCUUCAGGCAGACCAUUAUGCACAGGUGUAUGAAAAACAAAACCACCAAAACACUUCAGUCUUAAUGGUCUAUGGAAAUAGGUUUAUUCCUUGAAAAUAAGGUGUUUAAAAGGUGUUUUGUGGUUUCUGUAUUUCUUUUUUUCACUUUACCAGAAAGUGUUCUUUAAUGGAAAAAAAAAAAAAAAAAACCUUUUCUCCUUCAUUAAUGAAUUUAAAUAAACUUUCUUACUGAUGCAAGCUA